AUGAACAUCAAUAGUAAGAGCAAUAGUUCAAAAGGUGUGAAUAUUCCGUUUGAUCAAGAUCAUUAUUUAAGUUUUGAAAAUCAACAUCCACAAACUGUAGCACAAGAAUUAGAACGUGCUCAAGAACAAAAAGAAAAGAAAAAGAAGAAGAAAUGUCAUGGAAACCGUAACUUACAACGAUAUCGCCGAAAACUUCGCCAUCGAGGCACGAAUAUAUCGGCUAAUACAGAGUCAUCAGUAGUACAAAAAAAAUUUCAAUGA